GUUGACGCCUCUCAGCUUUCGCAUCCUCCUCGCGUUUCGUGUUUCCCUCUUUUGCGAAUUAGGGUUUGAGUCCUCCUCCUGCGUUUAUCGAUCGGUGAGAAAAUGGGAGGAGGAAAUGCGCAGAAAUCGAAGAUGGCUCGCGAGAAAAACCUGGAGAAGCAGAAGGCUGCUGGAAAAGGAAGCCAAUUGGAAAUGAAUAAGAAAGCAAUGAGUAUUCAGUGCAAGGUUUGCAUGCAAACGUUCAUGUGUACGACGACGGAAGUGAAAUGCAGGGAGCACGCAGAGGCAAAGCACCCAAAGUCCGAUCUCUUUGCUUGUUUUCCGCAUCUGAAGAAGUGAACUGUCACUCUAUUCCCAUGUACAUGUGUGUGGGUUCCAUUCCGUGUUUGUAAUCAAUCGGUGUCUCUGGGAUCAAACCAAAGUUUCCCCUUACUGUCUGUCACUCAGACUUGCUUGUUCUGUAACGUGUGCUCUUAGCACAUAAGACUCGUUAAAAAGUUCGUGAUAAAGUGUUUGCUGCUGGUCUCGGUUUA